UUGUUGUUGCACUCCAAGAGGUUUUGAAUAAUAUUCACCUUGAUGAGAAAGUUCCUCUUAAGGGCACUGCAGCUCUUAGAGGAUGGAUGCAAAAGAUGUACCAACUACAAGCAAUAAUUGAUAAUAUAUUUAACAACCUUCAUCUUGACAAUUGCCAUGAACUGAAGAAACAAUGGCAAAGAUUGUGUGUUAUGAAGCUUUUUAUGGAACAUGUCGUCAUUGAUCAUGAAGGUGACCUGCUUAAAUUUGCCACACGUCUUGACAAAUAUUCAGACAAAAUAAAGGACUACCGAGGCCCACAAGUUUUAAAAUUUGUUUCAACAUUACUGAUUGCUGUUGAAGAUGUUGUUAUGAAAGAGAUUGGUGACAAGACUAAACAAGUCAGCAUUAGAGAAAGCUGUUGGAACUUUUUUGUGGAUGUUCUGCUUAAUUUUUGUGAUUCUGACAAUAAGGAA